AUGGAUCUUGUUCGCGAGAGCCAGGGGAGCUUCGACAAUUGGCUUAUUGAUGAAGAGAGUUACUGUGAUGAGGCAUAUUGGGUCGCAGCUGCGUGGAAACGCGAAGGUGUUGCAGAUAUCCCACAGGGCGGCGCCGGAGGUUGGAGGGAUGGUGGUGGAGUAGAAUGUGUUGAAGUGCGUCAGGAGCAGGGGCUAAAGGAGGAGGAGGUUAUGUCUGCUCCAGCCGAGUCAGCCCUCCAAACAUUUCCAGAAGAGGAAGGGACUGAGGAUACUCUUGUCACUACGGAACGGAGGCUGUCCUGGUUGAAGACAGGUCUACAUGGAGCACAAAGGUCUUUUCAAAGCACCAGUUCUGAGGACAGCAGAUUCGUGGUAGAGCGAGCAAACUUCAGAUCAUCAUUCUCCCGAAAAUCAUACAGGUGUGGUCUCGGCUGCGAUACUCCAGCCUUCAAAUGGCCCAAAGACCUUCGGCGCCAUAUCAAGGAUAUCCACGAGAACAGGGCGCGAUAUCGAUGUCCAGUAGCAGGGUGCAGACACGGCGACAAUACGGCCUAUCAAUCCAUAAAGCGCAAAGACAAUUUUCGUCGCCACCUCCAGAAUCAACACAACUUUCAAAGUGCUGAUCUCUUGGAUCUCGAUUUGAACUGGUUCAUGGUCAUGUUUGAAGGUCGUUGAAUAAGGAUGGGAAGAAGAGCUGGGAGAGGCUGGUACCAAAAAUACAGAGAGUGACGGUCUGGUAAUUUUGUUAUUAUGAUAAGGGUUCGAGGAAGACUAAAUCCAAAGCCCAGUAAUUAUUUGCAGGGCCUGCCCCCAAAAACCUCACCCCAUCUAUUCGAACUUAGAAAAGAGCAAUGACAUUCUGUUUCUCC